AUGAGUGAUUCUGAAUUUGAAGCGCUUGCUGCAGAACUUGAUCAAACAAUAACUCAACGUGAUAAUGCUUUAGAGGAAGUCAAAAAUCUUAAGCAGCAACUAGAAGAUUCAAAGAAAGACGUUGAGUCAAUAACCGAAGAUUUUGAGAAAACUUCUGACGAGCUUGAACAAGUCAAAGAAAAGCUAGCACUUAAAGACCAAACCGAAAUUGAGCUGCAAAAAGAAAUUACUCAGUUGAAAGAGCAAAUUCAAAAUUUAUCUACCGAAGCAACAAACAACAAAUCAUUAAACGAAGAAAUUCAGCGAUUAAAAUCCGAAAAUACAGAGAUUAAAGAAGCUUUGGAGAGAAACAAAACACAAAAUAAAGAAAAUUCAGAAAAUGAAGAAGUAAUCAAUCAAUUAACCGGCGAAAAUCAAAAGCUCACAGAUGAAAAUGAAAGUUUAAAGAGUCAAAUCGAAUCUCUCAAAAAAGAAUUAUCAAAAUUAAAUCAAAAUCAAGAAGAACUACUUAAAGCAUCUGGCCAAACUGAUGAGCUAAACAAUAAACUUUCAAAUCUAGAAGCAGAGAACAAAUCUCUCACAGAAAAACUCAAAUCUUUAGAAAACGAAAAUUCUACACUUCUUGGCUUUGUUUCAACACUCAAAACACAGUUCAAUAACAUGAACACAGAGGUUCAACGUGUUAUUGGCAAUCUAGAAGCAGAAAAAACUAAUUUAGAAGAAGAAUUUGAAAAUUACAAAGAAAACAGCCACAAACAAUUGGAUGUUCACUACAACAAGAUCACAUCACUUGAAGAUGAGAUCUCUCAGCUCAAGAAAGAGAAUGAAAACCUCAUCAAAAUCAAAGAAAUUAAAGAAGAAAUUCAAGUAGAAUUAAUUCAUAUGAAACAGGAAAACGAAAAACUCAAAAAAGAGAGCGAGUCAUUACAAGACGAGCUAGAUACAGCAAAGGCAGAUUUAGAAGACAAAGAAGACGAAAUUGAAGAUAAAGAGAAUCAGAUCUCGAAUUUAGAGGAAGAGACAGAUGAACUCAAUGCAAAAAUAGAAGAACUCAACUCAACAAUUGAGAAAUUGUCUUCAAAUCAAUCUUUCUCUGAAGAAAAUAAUCAAAUUAAAGAUUCUUCUGAAAAUAAGAGAAUUGAAGAGCUUGAGAAGCAAAUUGAAGAACUUAGAGCAAGCCAGAACAAUCAGGAGUCUUCAAAAGAAGAAAUUCAAAAAUUAAAUAUUGAUAUCGAGAAUCUUAAAAAAGAAAAUGAAAAUCUUAAGAAAAAGAACACAGAAUUGAAUGAUUCCGUUGAUGGAAUGAACAAUCAAAUCAAUAAACUCAAUAAAGAAAAUAAUUCUCUUCAAAAAGAGAAGAAACAGCUCCAAGAGAAGAUAGAAUCACUCGAACAACAACAAUCAUCAAAUGAUAACCAGUUUGAUAGCUCAUUUGCCUCUCUAGAAGCUCUAAAGAUCGAAUUGAACCAAUCGAAGGCAGAAAAGUCUGCAUUGAACGAUACGAUUGAUGGAAUGGGCCAACAGCUCGACCAAUUAUCUCAACAACUCAGUUCUUUGAGAAAUGAAAAUGAAAAUUUGAAGAAAGAACUGGAGGAGGCCAAAUCAAACGCAUCCGGUCAACAAAACAACAAUGAUCAAUCUUUGAAUGAAGAAAUUCAAGAUUUGAAAGAAAAAUUAAAUAAUCUUGAAAAAGAAAACGAAAAAUUGAAGUCGCAAGAAUCAGAAUCGAACAAUGAGGACAACAAGGCUGAACUUGAGUCUCUACAACUCAAUCUUAACCAAACAAAGCAAGAUAGAGAUAAUUUGAAGGAAACUGUCAAUUUAAUGGAAGGUCAACUCAAUGGUUUCUCUGAAAAAGUAAAUAACCUCCAAAAAGAAAACGAAAAUCUUAAUAAUAAAUUGAGAUCUUCUCAAUCUGAGUUAGAAGAUGCGAAGAAGCAAUUGGAUGAGAACAAGAUGGAGGUUGAAACACUGAAUAUUGAGAACAAUCGCUUGAAACAGAACAAUAAUAAUUUCAAUGACACAAUCAAUGGAAUGAGCGACCAACUGAAUAAGAUAUCAAAUGAGCGUGAUGCAGUCCAAGCAGAAAACCAACAGUUAAAGGAACAAAUCAAUAAUUUGAAAUCAAAUCAAGAUAAUUCAUCAGAAAACAACGAAAAUAAGAAGCAAAAACAAGAUAAAUCUGAUGAAGAAAACGAUGAACUACUAGAAGCCAAGAGUAAACUGUCUGAUUCUCAAGAUAUCAUUCAAAAACUCACCGUCGAAGUUGAGAGUUUGAAGAUAGAGAUCAAUCACUAUAAACAAGAGAAAGAUAAUGCAAAUGAAUCAGCAAAAGCCCAGGAAAACAAAAUUGAGAAAUUAUGUUCAGAAAUUGACCAAUUAUGUGCAAAGAACAAAGAUAUUCUUGCUGAAAAUGAGAGUUUAUCCAAUGAAAAUGAAGAAUUGAAGUCGAAACUUUCUAAUUUCAAAGAUCAAACUCAAAAUGAGAAGAAUUCUGAAUUAGAAGAGAAGAUUUCUGCUCUUGAGAAGGAGAACAGUGAGUUCAAGAACAAGAUUAAACAACAAGAACAACAAAUUGAAGAAUCCGAAAAAUUAAAUUCAGAAAUUGAAGCCUUGAAGAUAGAAAACAACAGACAUAUCCAAGACAAAGCUAAUAUGCAAGAGUCUGCCAAUGCAAUGAGUCAACAAUUAGAGAAAUUGUCCACGGAAAAUUCAGAUCUCAAAAUUCUUCAGCAAAAAGUUCUCAAACUAGAAGAGGAACUUAAACAAAAGGAUGGAAAUAAUAACGAGGAAACAUUAGAACAGAUCAAUAAACUCGAAUCUGACCUAAAUCAAAAGAAUGAAGAAAUUGAAAAGUUAAUUCAACUCCAAAACGAUGUAACUGACUUCCUUUUAGUCAUAGAAGAAACAAAUAAAGAAGACAGUAUCGAAAAGAAGCUUGUUAUCGCUAAAGAUCAAGUAAACAAGUAUAAACACCAGAUUGAAGAAAAUUCUGGGUACUUAGAUACGGCUGCAAAGCAUCUCUGUAAGCUUACUAAAGAGAAUAAAGCACUCAAAGAAUCAAAUUCGGCUAAAAAAGUCAAAUCUUUACAAAAUUUGGUCUCAGAAAGCGAAUCCAAGAUUGCUGAUAAGGAUAAACUCAUUAAUGACCUUAAAGAAGAGUUAGAAAUGCUUAAAUCUCAAACUGAAUGUCCGAAAAUGACGAGAUCCAAAUCUCAAACGGUUGAAAGUUCCGAAAACGAUAAACAGGCCAAGAAAUAUCUUGCACUUAUCAGAAAACUUAUGAAACAACUCGAACAAAAAGAAAUUUUGGUUGAAAAUCUCAAUAAACAAAUUUCUGAUGUCAAGAACUCCUUAGAAACAAGGUUCUCACAAAUGUCAAGAGUAAUUGAUGAGAAAAUUAACUUAUUUGAAGAGAAUUUUGACAAUUUAACCGACUCAUUUAAGAAAUUGCGGUCUAAAGUUGCCGAAUUACCACAGCGUCAGCAAUCCAUUAGUUUGCAGAAGUCAGCGAGGUAUCCAGCGACUCCUGACAGCAGAUUAACUCUCCAAAGGCUGAAGAAAGCCACACAGAAGCUUGGAAUCAGAGUUCAAGCGAAAGCUACUAUCACUGAAUUUGCUUUGGCCCUUGCAAAUGAAAUUCUUCGUGGAAAUGCUCCUUCAUCAAAUGAACUCGUAAUGAGAACAGUUGGUGUAACAAUGGGAGACAUUCUAGAGCCAACAGAUGACAAUGUGAAGCAAGUUCUUGAGAAAGCAAAGCAGAGACUGGUGAAUUACGAAGUAAUCCAAAAGAAGUAUGACAAAUCAAAAUAUGUCAUUCAAAAAUUGAAAAAACUCACUGACGCGGAUCCUAACGAUGUACAAACUUUGCUCAGAGCAGCUUUCGAAGCAUGA